GGCAACUAAGGUAAAUAAUAAUGGCGGACUAUUGAAUGGUUAGGGUUUUAAAUGUUUUGAUAUGUUAAAGGUGUACUCUACAGUCAACAUUGAGAGCUGUGUCGGUAUUUAAGCAUUUGAUAUCUAUAAUGGCAAAUUAUGUGGAGAAUUCCAGUGUACAAGCAGAGACAACUGUCACAGAAGAAGAAAACUCUCUUAAUAUGGACAAAGUGGACCUUCUAAAACAGAGAAGAGAAUUGUCCAGAAAACGGAAACAAUGUCUCGUACAGACCUUGGGAAUGCAGUCAGUGGAGAAAUUGAAAGAGGCAUUAGGAAGUGGCACAGAUAGUUCCAAAGCAGAAUCAGGAAUGGAAUUACUUAGACCUUCAGAGAAAUACAUAAAAAAGAAUGCUAAUGCUGACGGAAGUCAACAAGACGAAGAAACAAAACUACUUUACACUGAUUCGUCAACCUUUCUAAAAGGAACACAGUCUUCCAACCCUCACAAUGACUACUGCCAACAUUUUGUUGAUACUGGACAGAGACCCCAAAACUUUAUAAGAGAUGUUGGCUUGGCUGAUAGGUUUGAAGAAUAUCCCAAGCUCAAGGAACUUAUUCGGUUGAAAGAUGAAUUAAUCGCCCAGACAGCUUCGCCUCCCAUGUAUCUGAAAUCCGAUUUGAAAACGUUUAAUCUCAAAGACAUUGGUUGUAAAUUUGACGUGAUCCUCAUUGAACCUCCUUUGGAAGAAUACCAGCGUUCAUUGGGUGUGACUAACGUCGAUUUUUUGUCAUGGGAUCAGAUUAUGGAACUCGACAUAGGUGAAGUUGCUGCUCCAAGGAGUUUCAUAUUUUUGUGGUGUGGUUCCAGUGAUGGACUAGACUUGGGGCGUGUGUGCUUGCGACGAUGGGGAUUCCGGCGAUGCGAAGACAUCUGCUGGAUCAAAACCAAUGCAGACGCUCCGGGUCAUUCGAAAAACCUCGAGCAGAAAGCCGUUUUCCAGCGAACCAAAGAGCAUUGUCUGAUGGGAAUCAAAGGAACAGUUAGGCGUUCCACGGACGGAGAUUUCAUCCAUGCCAAUGUCGAUAUCGAUUUGAUAAUUACGGAAGAACCCGAGUAUGGAUCUCUGGAAAAACCGUCCGAAAUUUUCAACAUCAUUGAACAUUUUUGUCUUGGCAAAAGGAGGCUCCACUUAUUCGGGCGAGACAGUACUAUUCGACCGGGUUGGUUGACGGUUGGCCCAGCGUUAACAAACAGCAACUACAACGCAGAAACAUACGCUGGCUACUUUAAUAGUAACUGUACGACUACCGGAUGCACAGAAAGGAUUGAAGCUCUUCGCCCUAAAUCUCCUCCACCCAAAGGCAGCAAAGGGGCAGGAGGUGGACGCGGAGGUUUUACUCGGGGCGCAGCGCGUGGCAGGGGAAGAUGAAAUAAGCAUUACUUAAUUAGUUUCUAAUGCAUUAAAUUGCAAAUAAACGUUUUGAGUUUUCAA